AUGCAGCAACCAACCCUUCGCAACGUCAGAAUCCGUAGUACUCGAGACGCCAUAGCCGUAUUCCAUGGCGUUGCGCGCGACACCCUUCCCCUCAUAACUCGCCGACUCGAUGCAGAAGAGCGCCUGUGUAUCACGGCGGGUACAGUGUUUGUCUGGGAAGAAAAUGCAAACUCAGAGGCGUCUGGUCUUGGAAUGGAGAGAUGGACGGACGGAAUGGGUUGGGGCCCGAGCCGAGUCCGAGAUGCAAGAAUUUCUGUUCUACCACCAGAAAGAAUCGGAAGUGGGAGAAGAAACGGUCAAUCCAGUAACGCCUUGGGCGCAGAUGAUACGAAGAUCUUAGUCGUUGCACUGACCUCUCUAGCUGCAUACUUCAGCCAAGAAACGUUAAGCGAACUUGAUACGAUUGACGACUUGCAACUUCUUGACGUUCCAAUACCAGAAGGCUGGUUUCGGAGUGCGCGAGCAUCCAAAACAACUCGCCGAGAGAAUCGGGCCCUCGAUGUACCUGAGCCAACGGAACUGAACUCACCUCAUUCGUUAUCUAAGCCGCUCCAAGCCACUCAAACACGGUACCGUAGUCGAAUUUCGCCAACCAGUUCCAGUUUAAUUGCGAUGCCGAUUCCCAUUAAACCGGCGACACCAAGUCCGCUGACGAUGAUGGGACAGUUGGUCCCAUUGGAAUAUCUGGAGAAUAGGCCGCAAAGAAAUCGACGGCACCCAACUGACGAGCAACUAUUGCGUCGGUUUGUUUGA